UAUUUGAAAUUUCAUAUAUAUUAUUAAAUUUAUAUAAUAAUGGAAGUGUCACGUCUACAACCUUGUAUUCCAUUACAUCUUUCAAAAGAAGAAUUAGAAAGAGUUGUAGAUAAGGCUAAGGAUUGGGCACUUAUGCAUGGUAUUAGUAUGCGAUCAAAAGUAUCCUUCAAUAAAAACCAAGUGGAAGUUUUACCAUUUACUUUAUUACCAUCAAGUUUCCCUAGAAAAAAUUUUGAGAAAGUUAAAAAUAUUCAAAUAUUAUUAAAUGAACUAAUGCAUAAAGUGGCACAUAAUAAUAGCUUUCUAAUAAAAAGUUUAAAAAGCACAACUGAUGCAGAUCCUUUUACAGCAAAAUUAUUUAGUAUAUAUGAAACCAUAUAUAAGGAGGGAUUUAGUCAAACUUUAAGUCUUGGCUUGCUUCGAUCAGAUUAUAUGUUGCAUAAAAAUCAAAUUAAACAAGUGGAAUUAAAUACUAUUGCAAGUAGUUUUGGAGGAAUAGUAGGAGUUACUACCCAGUAUCACAAACAUAUCUUAUCAGAAUUAGGACAUGCAGAUAAAAUAAAAAAUAUUCCAGAAAAUAAUCCAAUUAAUGGACUUUGUGAAGGAUUAAUACAUGCAUGGAAGUUGUAUAAUAAUACAAAGGCUGUAAUAUUAUUUGUUGUUGAAAAUAUUACUUAUAAUAUAUGUGAUCAGAGAUUUCAUGAAUUUGAAAUUUCCAAAAUUAAUCCUGAUAUUAAGGUGAUCAGAAGAAGCUUGAAAGAUUUAGUAUUAGAAGCAAAAUUGGGACCAAAUAAACAGUUAAUAGUUGAAGAUUUAGAAGUUUCUGUAGUCUACUUUCGUUCUGGUUAUGAAGUUGAAGCUUAUCCUACUGAACAAGAAUGGGCAGUUAGAUUAUUAAUAGAACGUUCUCAAGCAAUAAAAUGUCCAUCAAUACAAUAUCAUCUAGCAGGCACUAAGAAGAUACAGCAAUCUCUGGCUUAUACAGAUGCACUUAGUUUAUUUUUAAAAGAUGAUAAUACAAUCAAACAAAUACAAGAAGUAUUUGCUGGAUUGUAUUCUUUAGAAUUUAAUAAUGAUGCAGAAACAAUAAUUGAUAAAGCUAUAUCAGAUUCAAAAAAGUAUGUAUUAAAACCACAAAGAGAAGGAGGUGGAAAUAAUGUUUAUAAUGAAGAUAUAAAGUUGCAUUUAGAAUCCAUGAGAAAUUCAGUGGAAAGAACAGCUUGGAUAUUGAUGGAUCGUUUUUAUCCACCUGUGCAAAAGAAUUAUAUCAUACGUGCUUAUAAUGAACCAUUUGAGGAUAAUCAUUUUCAAUUUUCUGACGUUGUGACAGAACUUGGUGUGUAUGGUGUUAUUAUAGGAGAUCAUGAUAAUAUUAUAUAUAACAAAGAGGUAGGGCAUAUUUUAAGAACAAAAUCAUCAAAUGAAAAUGAAGGUGGAAUAGUAGCUGGAAUUGGUGCUAUUGAUACCCCUUAUUUAAUUAGUUAA